GAAAUAAUGUUAAUAAUAAUGGUAAUUAUAUUUACUUAAAUAAUGAAACAGAUGAUCAGGAAGUUGAAAAUAUAAAAACUCAUUUUAAUCUACAAAAAAAAGAAAAAAAUGGUGUAGAUGAUAAAGAAUAUGAAAAUGAUUAUUAUGAAGAACAAGAAAUGAAUUAUAUUAAUGAUUUGCAUUAA